AUGUUAUUUAUAGUCUUAAUAAGUACUUCUGUUUUAAUAUGGAACAUAGGGGCACAGAGGUCUCAGGACUCUUUCGGGUUCGGAAUAUACUCGUCAAAUUUAGAUUUUCUCCGUAACAAAAUACAAGGUGGUGUGAGUGAUACUUUUGGUGACCCUGACAAUGCGUUCUCUAGAGCUUACCCGAAAGAUACAAUGCAAUCUGGCAUAGAUAAUGGAUUUGGAGCUAAUAGUAGAGUGGAAAAUAACCAACAAAAGAACGUACAGCCACAAGAAGAGGUUUAUCAACAAGACGUGCAGCCACAACAACAGCUUUAUCAACAAAAUGUGCAAGGACAACAGCAGUUAUAUCAACAGAAUACACAAGCACAACAACAACUGUAUCAACAAAAGGUGAAACCCCAACAACAGCCUUAUAACGAUGCGGACUAUUAUUCAAAGAACAGAAACACGCAAACUACAACAGAUAAAGUUUUCUCAACGAAGUUUGGUGACGAGAGCACAAGGACAGGAAAACCGAAACAAAAUUCACAUUACAAUAACGCUACGUUCGCGAUUACCCGAUUUGGUUUAAAAUUGUUUAAGACAAUGAGUCGUGAUUACCAGAACAUCGUGGCGUCACCGUAUUCCGUCGCAAUGCUUCUAGCUCUCGUCCAACAAGGCGCUCACGGGGAAACUCAACAAGAGAUCACGCAGUUGUUACAGCUCACGCCAGAGUCAUCUGCGAGCUUGUUCAAGGGUCUAACUGAUUUUAUGAAGAAACGCCAUUCGCUCAACGUCCUGAAUGUAGCGAGCAACGUCGUGCUGUCGAAUAAGUUUAACAUAGAUUCCAAAUUCAAAUCGGCCGCAUUGAAUAGCUUCGGGAGUGACGUCACACGCAUGAAUUUCAACAACCCUUACGAUGCGACGAAAAAAAUAAACGAAUGGGUGGCAGGAAAGACGGGCCAGAAGAUCAAAAAUUUAUUAGCGCCAGACGCUGUGCAACAGGACACUUUGGCGAUGUUGAUCAACGCUGUGUAUUUUAAGGGAGUGUGGCAGAAGAAAUUCAAUCCCGAAAUGACCACGCAAAAGGAAUUCACGCUUAGCGACGGCACCAAAACAGUUGCUUCAUUCAUGCAAGCGCGAAGAAUGUUCCAGACGGACAUCGAUCCUGUCAUCAAAUCCCAAAUCCUGUUACUGCCGUUUGAUGGAACUCAGUACUCUAUGAUGUUCAUCCUUCCAUUAAAAGGAGUGUACGCGGUGGACGUUCUGUCAUCAUUAACGGAGCCACAGUUGUACGCCUAUCACAAAUUGCCCACGAAAGAAGUGAAGGUGGAGAUUCCCCGAUUCAACAUUAAGAAGGACAGCGAUAUGUAUUUCCUGCUUAACCUCCUCGGGCUUUGGAAGAUAUUCAGCACCGAGGCGGACCUCACCGGAAUUGGAAAGCAAGAAGGGGCAUCACCAUAUAUCACGUCGGGUGUCCACAGUGCGGCGUUGUCCAUUGACGAGCAAGGCGGCACCGCGGCUGCCGCUACAGCCUUCUCGGUAGUUGCCCUCUCUUACGACGAUCCCACUACCUCGUUUACGGCAGACAGGCCGUUCCUCGCCAUACUGUGGGACAACGAGCUGAGCAUGCCACUUUUCAUGGCCAAAAUCGAGGACCCCACGGAG